GGAAGUAGUCGCUGGGUUGAUGCACUAGCUCUGCUGUCAUGUGAUUGCUCGUCUGCUGUUGACAGCGGCUGCUUCCUCUCGGAUGAAGCUGAAAUAAGUCCGCGUAGAAAAGGAAAGUUUUAUGUUUUUCGUGGAGGAGGAAACACGGCUCGUUUGUGACGGAGACCAGGGAAGCUGCGGUUGUGUAGCUUCGACCAUCGGACGCUGCCAUGGGUUGCUGUUGCAGCAACGAGGGCGAGCCCACAGAGCCGCUGAUCCCCCACACCAUACCACACCCCAACCCCGUCAGCAAACCCCCGAAUGGGACCGACUGGAUCACUACCAACGUCCCCUCAGCACGGACAGAUGAACAGGCCCUCCUCACAUCUAUCCUCCACAAGACAGCACAAAACAUCAUAGAUGUCUCAGCAGCUGACUCUGUCAUGAUGGAGCAGCAUGAAUACAUGGACAAAGCUCGGCAAUACAGUACAAAGCUGGCAGUGUUGAGCAACAGUGUGUCUCAGAAGAAAGCUCUCAUUCUACCCUCCCUCACUAGUCAGCCCCACCAAGUGCUUGCGAGUGACCUGGUGCCAUAUUCAGAUGUUCAGCAGGUGGCCAAGAUAGCAGCUUACGCUUACAGUGCAAUCUCUCAAAUCAAAGUGGAUGCUAAAGAAGAACUGGUGGUGCAGUUUGCCAUUCCUUGAUUCUGAAUCUGGCCUGCAUAUUACUCCUUCCAUCCCGCUCGCUCUGUGUCACUCCUGCACCCUCACCCUUUUUAUUAAAGCAUCUCUGUCCUUCUGCUUUUCUUUUUUAGCAACACCUCUAACAAAGACAGACACGAUGUUAGGAUUGCACACUAUGGCUAUCCAUUACUGUAUUUAAUUAUGGCUCAAUGACAUUGUGUGUAAUGGAAGAAGGUCCACUGUAGACAGGCAACUGGGGUGUGAUCUCAUAUUUACAACAAGGCCUCUUCAGUAUGUUUAUGUGUGGAUCCAAGGCUUUGUCGGAACCAGCUGCAGACAAAUCAUCGUUCAUCCUUCUUGCUGAUCUCUUUAAUGUUUUUAAACAACUGUCUGGGUGUCUUUAUUUUGUUAGUUUUUCUGGCCUGUACUAAGGCAAGCAAAGCUAGCUGUACACCCCUGACUGUUAUCCAGAGGCAUGGAAGAAUGUACUGUGUAUCUACCUGGACAGAGCUGCUGGAUGUUUGGCACAAAACAUUGGCUAUAGCUGUCUAUACUAAUAUACAGUCUGAAAUAGAACAAGAUAAAUGAUUUAUCUCUGUGGUGUCUAACGAUGGAGUGCACAGAAAGAAAUAUAUAUGUACAUCUGAGCCAAAGCACUUUCUGUUAAGGUCAAGAUGUCAUUUAAAAUUAGCAGGUCAUAAUGGUAUAGUCCUGCUGUAUCUGCUUAUCAAACAUCCCACAGAAAUCUGGUGUCGUUCUGCAUCAACAUGAAAGUGUAAACAAAACUUGGUAAAUUGUAAUACAGUGUAUAAUCUGUUAAGUGGCCUGUCCAUGGCUGGUAUUCUGUGGUGGGUGAGGAUGUAAACACAAGCAGGGUGAGUGCCAACAAGGCCCAUUAAUCAAACGGGAUCAGGAACGGAUUGAGAUUUUCUCUGUUUAAGUUUUUACAAAGAAUUAGUCCUCUGCUGUUUUCUAAUUAAAAAAAAUAAUUUGGCAAAGUUGGUCAAAGACCUACACAUAUCUAACAGCAGCAGAAGCAUACAGAGAUAAAGUGCGUGUGUGUGUAAGGCGGGGUGGGGGCUGCAGGGAGAGAUGGUAUGUUUUCUUGCCUUCUUUGUACAGAAUUCUUUCGUUGAAUAUAAUAACAGAAGUUGAGCAUGUACAAAGUUCCUCUUUUUGUAGAGAGUUAAUGGUCAGGAUUGGCUGAGGUCUUGUGGUCAUUAAAAUUUUUUUAUGUAACACAAGAACACUUAAAGCCUGCAGAGCUUUUUGCUGCCGAUUGAGUUGUUCCUAUUAAUAAACUAACCAUUGUAGCAGUGCGGGGGAGCUUUAACAAUCUAUGUGUCACAGCAGAUAAAAUGAUCCAAAAUCUUUCCCUGAUUAUUUAUUUGUGUUUUUAAUGGUUUUUGCUCAUGACUGUACGUGUGGGCAGAGAGCAUGGUGAGCCGCUCUUAAGCCUCUAAAGGGAUGAUCUGCAAGGCUGUGACUAUUUCAACCAUGCAAUUAAUUUGAGAUUUUUUUUUGUUUUGCAAGGGGUUCAUCACAUUGUUCUUUCUUUUUUUUUCAGUUUUGUCACUCAAAUGUGUAAUACUACCUGAAAUAUGUUUAUAAUAUCUUAGGUUAGUACCAACAAUAUUUUGUUUUUUGUUUUGUUUUAAGUUUGGGGGGUUAAUUCAAUAAAGACUUUCAACAUGAA